GGCACCGGCACCGAGCGAGCUUGCGGUAUUGCCGGGGGGGGGUGGGUUUUUUUUAGGCUACGGGGAUUGCGUUACACCCUGUCGCCCCUUCCUGGGACCGGCCAUGGCGUUGAAAGCCAGAGCGCUUUACAACUUCCAGAGCGAAAACAAAGAGGAGAUCAGCAUCCAGGAGAACGAGGAGCUCGUCAUCUUCAGCGAGAACUCCCUGGACGGGUGGUUACAGGGCCAAAACAGCCGCGGGGAGACCGGCCUCUUCCCUGCCUCCUACGUCGAAAUCCUCCGCUCCCGGUCGGGCUCCAACUACACGGACUACUCCGGCAGCCCGGCUGGCUCCCCCGGGCACGACUCCUUCUACACAACUCCCCCCAACCCCGGCAUCUCCUACCAGGGCAGUUUUGAGGACGACGACGACGAUGAUUGGGACGACUGGGACGACGCUUGCACGGUGGUGGAGGAGCCCCGGAGCGCGCCGGGCACCAACGGGCACCCUUCGCCCAGCCUGCAGUACCCGGCAGCGUAUGGCCACCACCAGCACGCCGGUUACCAUCCCAAGCCGGCGCUGGAGAGGCAGGACAGCAUGAGCUCCUCCAAGAGGGGCAGCGUGGUGGGGAGGAACCUCAACCGCUUCUCCUGCUUCGUCCGCUCGGGGGUGGAAGCCUUCAUCCUGGGCGACGUGCCCCUCAUGUCCAAGAUCGCCGAGGCGUACUGCAUCGAGAUGGGCUCCAAAGGUCCCCAGUGGAGGGCGAACCCCCACCCCUUCAUCUGCUCCGUGGAGGACCCGACCAAGCAAACCAAGUUCAAGGGCAUCAAGAGCUACAUCUCCUACAAGCUGACCCCCAGCAACAUCAACUCGCCCGUCUACCGGCGGUACAAGCACUUUGACUGGCUCUACAACCGUCUCCUGCACAAGUUCACGGUCAUCUCGGUGCCCCACCUGCCCGAGAAGCAGGCCACCGGGCGCUUUGAGGAGGACUUCAUCGAGAAGCGCAAGCGGCGGCUGAUCCUCUGGAUGGACCAUAUGACCAGCCACCCCGUCCUCUCCCAGUACGAGGGCUUCCAGCACUUCCUCUGCUGCCGUGACGAGAAGCAGUGGAAGCUGGGCAAACGCCGGGCGGAGAAGGACGAGAUGGUGGGCGCCAGCUUCCUCCUCACCAUCCAGAUCCCCACGGAGCACCAGGACCUGCAGGACGUGGAGGACCGCGUGGACGCCUUCAAGGCCUUCAGCAAGAAGAUGGACGACAGCGUCCUGCAGCUGACCAACGUGGCCUCGGAGCUGGUGCGCAAGCACGUGGGGGGCUUCCGGAAGGAGUUCCAGAAGCUGGGCAAUGCCUUCCAAGCCAUCAGCCACUCCUUCCACAUGGACCCCCCCUACAGCUCGGACGCCCUCAACAACGCCAUCUCCCACACGGGCAAGACGUACGAGACUGUGGGGGAGAUGUUUGCCGAGCAGCCCAAGAACGACCUGUUCCUCAUGCUGGACACUCUCUCUUUGUACCAGGGGCUCCUCUCCAACUUCCCAGACAUCAUCCACCUCCAGAAAGGCGCCUUCGCGAAGGUGAAGGAGAGCCAGCGGAUGAGUGACGAGGGCAGGAUGGACCAGGAGGAGGCGGACGGGAUCCGCAAGCGCUGCCGUGUGGUGGGCUUCGCCCUGCAAGCCGAGAUGAACCACUUCCACGAGCGGCGCGUGGCUGACUUCAAGAGGAUGAUGCAGUCUUACUUAAAGCAGCAGAUCGUCUUCUACCAGCGUGUCAGCCAGCAGCUGGAGAAGACAUUACGCAUGUACGACAACCUCUAACGCCUCUGCUUGCUGCCCUGCCGAAAUCACGCACUUCUCUAUCCGCAGCCUUGCAGACCUCCUCUGUUUGUGAUGGGCUGAGAACGAACGGGAACUCGUGACGCUAGUGACCAAAUACCUUUGGGCUUUCUUCCCCCUUCCCAGGCGGGCAGGCUGCAGUCCUGUGGGGAAGGGCUCGCCCGCGGGCUGGCCGUGCCACCUCUUUCCCUGGGGACCUCCCACCCUGCUGCGGGUCUGGCGGGGGCGCAGGGGGGUCACAAGAGAGACGGACGUGGAGGUAACGGUGCAGGUAUCUCUGCCCAGUGAUUUUUAGCUUUCUGAAAACCCAUCCUCCUGGAGCAGAGAGAUGGGUGCAUCCCAGCCCGCUGGGAGAAGAAAUCAAAGCGGUCGACAUUUUGCACACGAAAAGCUUUUCUGAUGGAAAAAAGAGAAGAAAAAAGAUCUUUAUUUGGAAGAGAAUGAUUUUUCUUUUUUGUCACGAGAUAUUUUCAAUACUUUCCAUUUUUUGCAAAUGUUUCUGCAGCAUUUUUACCGAUCGGUUUUUAAAUAGAUGCACAGAGGCGAAGGGAAAUGUCUUUCUCGAGCAUGGCUGUUGACUGGGAAAAGGGAAAGAAAAAAAAAAAGCCCCACAGCCUUUUCAAUAAAAUUGUCAGUAGAAAACCCA